AUGCGUCUUGCCCCGCAGCCAAGCGCGCAACCCCUGCGGCUCCUAGUUGUGCUCCUCCUCGCCACGGGGGUGAUCACGUCCCCGGUGAUCUCCGCCGGCUGCCCGGACAGGUGCGUGUGUGACGACCAGCUGGUGGUUCAGUGCGCCGGGCAACAUCUGACCACCUUCCCGGUCAACUUGCCGCUGGCCACGCGGCAGCUCAUCAUCUCCAACAACCGCAUCGUGGAGCUGCCGCCGCUGUCGCUCAACUACCUCUCGGACCUGGUGUACCUGGACUGCAGCAACAACUCCCUGACCGAGAUCUCAGAGUCCACGUUCGGGAACCUACGCAAGCUGGCCUACCUGGACCUCUCCUUCAACACCCUGACCCGGAUCGAGGACCGGACCUUCGGGCCCUUGGCGAGUCUGGUGAUGCUGAGGAUGACGGACAACCCGGGGCUCUCGGAGAUCCACCCGGACACCUUUUCGGAGAACGCAGUGCUCCAGGUUCUGGACGUGAGCAGGAACAAUUUGACGGUGCUCAACAUCACCUCCCUGAUCGCUCUGCCCUCCCUGCGCUCCUUGGGACUCAGCGGGAACCCGUGGAGCUGCGAGUGUGACAACGAGGACCUGUGUGUGUGGGUCCACCUGGAGGGCUUCAAGUUCCAAGAUGAGGGCCAGAGCGUGUGCGGCUCACCUGCCGACAUGCAGGGCCGUCGACUGGGUGACGUGGGCAUCCAGCUGCGGACGUUAUGUCACCAGACCCUGGGCUCCUGGGACUACAUUUUCUUUAUCGCCAUCGGCUUCGUCAUCUUUGCUGCCGGCACCGUGUCGGCCUGGGUGAUGGGCGUCAUAAUGGUGCUCUACGAGCGCUACAUCAAGAAAAAAGAUGAGCGGCUCCAAGUGGAUGAGGAGGAGGAGGAGGAGGAAGAAGGAACCAGUGAGACGGGCCACACCUCGCGGGCCAGGAGUGACCAUGGCAACGGGAAUUUAAAAACCUUGCACAAUGUUUAAAAGAUGACGCCAUGGAAACCCACAGUGCCUCCUGUCAACUUCCAGGACAGUCUGUGAAGUCCAAUUAAAGCCCAGAGUCUGUUUAACAGGCUCCGCUCUGGGAGAGAGAGAGAGAGAGAGAGGACUCGACAGAUAGAGGGAAUGUCAUUCUGCUCAUCUGUAGUGGCCUUUCAGGUGAUGUAACACACUCUGGCUGCCAUAAUGGAGGUCUGUGAAACAUUUGAGUGGGAAGUGGUCAUCCCUGCAGAAAGAAAUCAGUAAAGGUGGUUAUCAAUGUUCUGAAAUAACAGGAUGGUUUAACAUGAGAUAUUUGGAAAAAAAAAUGCUCAUUUUGGUUUAUGCACUAGAAGUAGUGGUCUCAUCUCCCACCUCGAGAAAAUAUUUUGUCAUUUGCGAAGAUUAGUUUUCUUUGUCAAGAGUAAAAUAAGAAGACAAAAACUAGACUAUUAAAAUAUUGAUCAAUACAAUUGUAUUUGUAGAGCCCAUAUUCACAAUUCAAAAUUUGCCUCAAAGGAGCCACAUCCUCUGAUCCCUCAACAAGAGGGAGGGAAAACUACCCAAGGAGAGAAAACAUGUAGAAACCCAGAGAGAGUCACAUGUGAGGGAUCCCUCUCCCAGGACAGAGUGAGGUGCAGUAGAGGAGGAAAGAGAAGCAUGUGACAUGUCCCCCGACAAUCUAGGCCAAUAGCAACAUAAUUAAGAUCGAGAUCAAUCUGUCGAGACAAAAAACAUGAAGCGGCAACUGUCACUCAGCUUACACUGGAAAAUAAAAUUGUUUACCAACUUAAAAACUGAAAUGAAUCAUUUAUGCUGUAAUUUGUUAAUUCAAAUUUGUACCAACUUAAUUAAUUUGAGUGUCACCAGUUGAAGUAAUUUCUUAUACGUUGGUCCAACAGUCUGUUUUUCAGUGUAAUGUAAAGUGUGGAAACAGGCAGGAACAACCAGCCUGGCUCUGGGCUGAGGUAACACAAUCCUCCUGCCAGCUGUUUCUCCACAUUUCCAGCUUCUGCGUGACACCAUUUAAAGUUCACUGGCGGAAGCUUAACAGACAAAUAUGAGACUGGUGUCAUUCUCCUCAUCUGACGCUUUGCAGGAAGAAAUAAAUAGGAGCAGUUUCCAAAAUGUCAAACUUAUUUCUUUAACCGCCAUGUGGGUCCAGCCAAGAGCAGCACAGGAACAGCAGGGCUCAGACCAUCAACCCACAUAGACUGGUGUGAACUGUUAGUUUUUCCAAAAGAUUAUGCCAAAAGGAAAAAAUCUAAUUACCCUGCACAAGAAACCAUUGUUACUUUAAGUGACCAUAGGGCCCUUUCCUAAAAUUACAGGUCAGGAAAGACUGGAGUUAACUAUUUCCCUUCAUAUAUGUCAGGCCUAUGUGGAAAGUUCGGUUUUAUCCAAUUUACAAAAUAUUUUGAUCUUAAACUAUUACAAAUUGGAUGCUAAUUAAGCAAAAUCAAGUGUAUUUCUAGAGCCCACUCAUGAACAAUGUUUUCACACAAAAAGGCUCAACCCCAGACCUCCAUGAUGGCACCAAGCAUGGUAAGAGAAUUGUGACGCAGCUUCACAACAUCUUUGUUAAACCUAAAGUGUCAUCAUUCUACUCAUUUGUAUGAAAUGUGCGGGUUAAAUGCAUUUAUAUAAUCCAUUUACGUCCCUGUAGAUGAGCCGAAGUCAGAGUGUGUGAUGUAGCUUUGUGUGUGGCUGAGCUUUUGCCGACACCAGUGGGACAAUCUGUGCUCCGACAUGUGUGCGGUUUUGUGGUGACGGUUCAACCUCCCCUCAGUUACUCUCUCACGAAACUGCAGUCCAGGUGUUCGUGCUGAGGAACCACAGUAUUUACCAAGUGGAGAGCCAACUCAUGCCAUCUGCUGAGGUCUGCUUUAGCAGCGGGCUCCAUGCUGGAUGGCAAGUUAUCGGGACUGUGCGAUAAUGGAUUUAGGCCUCUCCUGUCUCUGUGCUGGGUUGCUAGUUUGAGUGCAGUGCCCCGUCUGUCUGUGUCUGCAUGCACUGUUGAUGCACCGAAAAGCCUUAUGAGAUGUGUAUAAACUGUGAGACCGACCCGUUCAUGUAAGUAAAUAAAGAAAAGGAUUAUAUGGCAAUAUACAAAAGAUCUAUAAAUGUAUCAUUUUUGUAUUUUUGGAACAAAUAUGAAAAGUGUUCAGUAAAUCCCGGUUUUAUUCAUUCGUUCAUUUGAUUUACAAAGAUUUACAGCAAUAAGUCAGUUCAGGAAGGAAUUUGUUUGUUGAAUAGCUCAAAUAACCAAAUUUCACACACACAGAUGUCAGUCCACUCAAUUUGUCAGAUGUUUCCCCUCAAAAUCUCUGCAUUAUAUCUUGAGAAGUUAACCGAAGUGGAAAAUCCAGUUUUGUUUAAUCGUCCUAAAGACAGUGAUGAAAACAUAACCCUCUUGGUGGAGGUAAAUGUCAUUCAGUUGUGAUAUCAGCCCCUGCUGUGGGUGAGUUGUUUUUGUUUUUGUUUGGAUGUACCACUUCACUGACCAUGACACUGACUGUUAUGAACUGAAAAUGUUUUCAGGAAAGAAACAAAACUCUUGUUGGAUAAGGGAAGUCCAAAGGUGGCUAUAGUUAAAUGCUAUCGCGUGUGUGUCUGUGCGCGUGUCUGUGUGCAAUUGGUUGUGUAUAGAGUACAGAAUAAUUUACUUGAUCUGAGAACACAGAAGAACCUUUUGGGGACCUGAGAACGAGGGUAUUCUCUUAAAAUGUUGUGCCAGCAGUUUUUCCCCUCCUUUUGUGCUGUGCAUAUUUGACUUGACACACGUUUUACUCUGAAACUGUUUGCAUUGUAAAGCUUGGAUGUAUGUAUGUCCAAGUUAUUUUUGAAACUGUGCUCGCAAAGGAGAACGGACCUGUUCCACCGAGGAUGUUUGGACAUGUUGCAGUUAGACAAGCACAGGUGUAAAUAAUAGAUUUGACUGUGUCUGAGAUCCAUGUAACUGCUUCACUUUCAGAGUCCCCGUGUUGUGCAUGCAUGGGACACACACAGAUUGGAGGCAUUAUUCACUUCUUUUUGUAAAACAUGUA